AAUUGGAAAUCGUGAGCGUAAGUUAAGGGAAAAACUCUGGAUGGGAAUUUCGAAUGAGUCAUAUCAGUAAGGUGCUGCCAUAUGGGCAUGCCCGUCUCUCCUAUCGAUUCUCCUGGAUCCUAUGAUGCCGACAACAAUGCGCCCCCCGGCGCCGCCGCCCUCACCGUAGCCGCCUCCUCCUUCUCCUCCUCCUCAUGCGACGCGCUGCCUUUUUUUAACUCCCUUUUAGCGUGAAUUUCUCACUCUCCUCCACCGCCAAAAAUAAAAGUUCCUCGUCCGUUUCCGCGAGACCUACUUUUGCGAUUGCGCCGCCUCGCGCAACAUAAACAGAUUACAUUUCCAAUUGAAAGCUUCGCGAGCACGCAACUUCGCGGAAGCCACAAAGUUACCACCAAGAAGAUGAUGUGCUUCUCCUUCGACUCGUGCUGAAUCAUUUUUUUGGAUAACCGGUGUUCAUCUCUCAACGAUGGAAGCUAAACUGGCCGCAGGCAUAGCUGCCACCGAGGACAGUCUUCUCCUCAACCCGUUCGUCCACCAUUUGGAGCUGGAGACCACCUCGGAGAAGAUCAAAACUGCAUUCCUGACGAUCGUAUUGCUCCCAAUUAGAGUGUGUCUAAUAUGCAUCUUAUUGAUUGUUGGAUGGAUGUUGGCGUGUCUAGGACUUUGGGGUCUCACAGAGCAGGAUCUUCAAAAACGACCGGUGACAGGAUGGAGGAGGACGUUAACAAAAUGGUUGUGCAUUCUGGGGAAGACCACUUACAGGGCUGGUGGGAUGCACGUAGUUUUCAAAGGAAAACAGGCGUCCCGCGAGGAAGCCCCGAUUUUGGUCAUAGCUCCGCACUCUACCUUCUUAGACGGCGGCAUAGUCUACUAUACGGGAUUCCCUUCGAUUAUCGUGAGGCGAGAAAGCGGCGACAAUCCAUACAUAGGAAAGUUGAUCAACUUUACGCAACCAGUUUACGUAUGGCGCGACGAUCCCGAUUCCCGUCAGAAUACCAUCAAGGAGAUCAUAAGUCGCGCCACUUCCAAAGAGGACUGGCCGCAGAUCUUGAUCUUCCCGGAAGGAACGUGCACCAAUCGAUCCUGCCUGAUUACCUUCAAACCGGGAGCUUUUUAUCCUGGAGUACCAAUUCAGCCGGUCUGCAUAAGAUAUCCCAACAAAUUGGAUACAGUUACCUGGACCUGGGAAGGACCUAGCGCCUUAAAACUUUUAUGGCUUACUCUGACACAAGUGUACAGUUACUGCGAAAUCGAAUUCCUCCCAGUCUAUACGCCCAGCGAAGAGGAAAAACGAGACCCAAAACUUUUCGCCAGCAACGUUCGAGCAGUUAUGGCAAAGGCUUUAGGAGUACCUGUUAUGGACUACACCUAUGACGAUUGCAAAUUGAUGACAAGGGCGAAAGAAAUGAAUCUCCCUAACGCAAAUGUGAUCGUUGAAGUGCAGAAACUGCGAACGCGCUUAGGGCUUGAUCAGACGAAAAUCGAGGAAUGUUUUAUAGAGAAUCUGAGUUGUCAAGAUUGCAGCCAAAUUUCGUACGUGGAAUUUUCUUCUUAUCUCAAUGUUGCGGCGAAUGAUGGUAACGCGCAACGCAUCUUCAAUCUAUACGAGAAGAACAAAAGCGGCUCGAUUGAUUUCCGGGAAUACGUUCUAGGUGUCGUCGGAGUGACGGAGAAUAGGAAAACUCUAGAGAUUCUCCGGCUAGCUUUCAAGAUUUACGAUAGCAGCGGUAAAGGAAGGCUAUCUGAAAAUGAUUUUGUUCCAGUAUUAGUACACACUUUGUCGAUGAGCAUUUACGAAUCAAGGGAAAUUUUUCAACGCAUCGACUCUACCUGCCAAGGUUACGUCACCUUUGACGGUUUCCUGCGUUAUGCAGAGAAGAAGGCUGAAUUCGCAGGACUGUUUAGUCUAAGCAAAGAGGAACUUAGGGAACGAAAUAAUAGUAUUGUUGAUAAUAACAAAGUAAAAUCGCAUUGAUUAAUGAGAAGCAUCGCAUUAUGCGACUCGUGUGUAAAUAAAAUUAUAUUUUGAGACCUUCGGCCUCGUAGAAGAGGACACUAUGUACGUACCCUAUACUACCCCGAAAUUCCAUUAAACAAAGUGAAAAAUGUAUUAUUUAUAUUUAUUGCCUACAUUUACUGUUAUUAACAUUUUACU